AUGGACUUCUGUGAAUAUGUUGACGAAAAUUCUACUUCUAGUGAUGAAGAAAAUGAACUUCGUAUUAUGUUAGUUGUAGGUACAAAAUUUCAGAUAUGGGAAGAACUGGAAGGUCAUCUGGAACGUUAUGCUUUGCAAGAAGGAUUUUCCUAUAAAAAAACAAGAGUUGAGUAUCAUUUAAGUCCAAAUGAAAUGAAAGGUUUAACAAUAGAGCAAAAAAAGCAUAAAAUUAAACGAAGAACUUAUGAGUGUACUUAUUUUCGAGAUCAUACAUCAAAAAAAAUUGUUAACCUUGAAAAUCAAAGAAAUAGAGAAACUCAUCAAACUAACUGUCCUUGGUGA